AUGGCGCCCGCUGCAUCGAGAGGGGAUGUCACCCUGAAUGACGCGCUUGAUGCCAUCACUGGAGGCACGCUAAAGGUCAGGGGCACUGGCUUGGACGACUUAAUCUUUCUCCUUGAUGAGAAGAAAGCCAAGACAGCCAACCUAUCCAUUCUGGCCGAUAAGCACUACCAUCGCAUCUUCGAGGCUCUUUUCAGAUGUGCCAUUACAGAAAAGCAGAGCUACUACAGCGGAAAGAAAACCACGGCAGCAUCUGCUGCCACACGGCUAUCCAAGUGCGCUGAGGCUCUCCGCCUGGCUUUGAAUCAUGGGGCCUCCAAGUUGAAACGCAAGACGGUACUUGCAGUCAUCGACCACAUCACCCAGACGCUGCCGGGGCCAGACAACAACUCCCAUGAGAUGGUGGAACCGCUUCUGCAGAACUACAUCAAGGCCAUCGUUGCUCUCUUAUCUCACCAGGCUAAUGUCGAACACCUCGCCACGUUUGAGGGAAAUGACGUCGCGCCGCUCAUCAGCCACUGGUGGCAAGGUCGAACGGUUUCGAAGGACGAGAUGCUCAACUCUGUGCGAGAUGAGAUGUUAAAGACCAUAUUUGCCAUACAUCUGCAUCUAGAACGACUGCUACAGGAUGGAGAUGACUUGUCAAUCAAAGGUGACGUGGAAGAUCUCUUCGACACUUUGUGGUUAGAGUACACGAGGCGCAACGAACAAUCGCAGCUGCAUAUCGAUGACAUUAGCUUCACAAUAACAACCCCUGACGACUUCUUCCGUCUCCGCUCAUUCGGUCUCCGCCCGCACAAUCAAGACGGCGAGCGCAAGUGGGUGAUGCUCCAAGUCUUAGCAUUCCUUGAGAAAGCUUUGUGGAAAGCUCAAGCCCCUCGGCAAUCGCAACAUGAAAUUGGAACAGAAGAAAUUGAGCAGCCCCGCAAAAAGAAACGUCGAAUCGACGCAGCAAACGACCGCCUUCAGGGCAGGCUGAAGUCUCCCAGUACCGGGGUCGAGCAACUCAACUCCCGACAGUCCAGAGAUAUUGAGGCAGCAACCUUCACACUUCUAGACUCAACAUUGGACGCCGUUCUCAGCGCUCCUGAGAAUCAAGCCUUCUUCGAGCUUCUUCUUGGAGAAACGUCCCUCCAUGUACCUGCACUCAAGACGGCCGAGCUUGGAAAAUUUGUCUUGCACUGCCCCUACCUCUUGCGUCUUCUCUCCCGCUGUGCCGUAACACUUCGUCAGCGAUCAGCCAGAGAACCAUCGGGUCGAAAUAUUGAUUUCAUGGACCUAGACGAUGAGUUCGACUCGCAAGAAAGCGGAACAAGUAACUCCGUCAAGAUACCAGAUGUCCCUCGUCGCAGCGCAGCCCUGCAAUGGAACAGUGAAGCCUUCUAUCUUUCGACUGCCUUACGACUUUACUUCCUCGAGGCUAUCGAUAAAGACAGAGAAAAGAUCGGUUUUGUUCCAGAGCCUUUCUUUCAGCAACUGUCCAGUCUCUCCAGACAAGACUUUCUGUUGUCCACGGCCGUCACAUCUGAAGUGUUCAAUUCAGACUUCACUAUCAAGCCGGACGAAGCGCUUGUGAUCGUUGAGAAGCUUGGUGAGAUGAUUGGAGAGACGGAGUACACCUGCUCUAAGGUCUCAACCGCCCUGAAGCUGGAAUCACCCAAGGAGCUCUUCAGGAUUUUCAGCCCUCAGCUGUUCUACACUUGGCUCGACGGUGAUGAACUUGAAGAGAUGCCGUUUGAAAUUUUCGGAUUCACGAGUCUCGAGGACAUGCUCAAGACGGCACAAUCUGAGGCUGCAGCACUAAUGUUCAUGCGAGCUACGAUGAUCAAGCAAGGCUUCUCGAAGAUCGCAGCCUAUGCAAUGGCUCACGAUACCAGCGCAGGCAACUCGAUUACAGCAGCGGAAAGCCGUAUCCGCAAGACCUUGGGUAAGGAACCAUAUCUUGACGCGAUUUACGCCAAUUUUGUCGACAUAAUCGCAGUCUUCUUCGACGUGUUCGAUCAAGAAGACCCGAUGGACAAGUAUUUCGGAAAAGACGAAAAUUUUGUCUACGCCGCCAUUGCCAUGUCGGAGAUGAAGAUUCGCAUUCUCAUUUGCCUGGCUGGCUCCAUUGCGCUCGAUGUGUAUGCCCUCGAGAUGCUCCUCCACUCUAUUCGGCCCUUUAUCGUCGACUCCGAAUGUGCAGAUGACGCGUUAGGAGUCACACAAUACCUCAUCAGUAAGGGAGCUGAGCAUCUUGAGCAAUCACCCUCCUUCCUCGCAGGAUAUGCUCUCUCGACUCUCGCAUCUCUGCGUGUCUUCCUCGAAUCAAGUCAGUCAAGCACCACACAAGAAAGCCAGUUCAAAGCCACCAUGAAUAAGGCUCAACAUUUCCACGCUUGGUUUUCCAACUUUCUUGCGCAAUACGAUUCUCCGUCUUUCAAAAGUCAAGACCAGAAAAACUCCUUCAAGUCAAUUACACAAUCCGCCUCGAAUAUUCGAACGUCUGGCAAUGCGGAGAGCGGCACUCACGAAAGCACACUUCUUCUGGAAAUCUUGAAAGAUGAUGAUUGCGAGCAGAAACUGUUGAACGAGGCUGCCCGAGAUCUCGCCCUUGGUCUGCUCUGUGGGGACUUUGUCAUUCCACCAUCUGCGAGAUACGAUGUCAUUAGCGAUGACGAAAAAGCUCUCCACCACGGCGGCCUGGUUUUGAAGAGCUGCAAAGCUCAGGCUCUCAGCAAUGAAUAUCUAGCAUGGGCUGGACGUGUUGUCGGCAGAGCUUUUGCUGCCUCUGGAGAGAUUGAGCCAGAACUGCUCCGCGAAUCGCAGCUGUCGAGCAGCCUCAAGCUAGCUCCUGGAGCUAAUGGCUCAGAGCGAGGGCUCUUUACUCUGUUACAGCAGCUCACAGUGAGCAAAGACUCAUUCACCGCAGGGCUGGCAGAGUCUGCUUUGAGGGCUGUGGUUUCGGAAGCUGCAGCAGAGGAGGAUGAGCUUUUGACCACUGCUGCCCAGAAGACACUGCCCGAGCCCUUGUAUCUUGCCUCCACCUGGCAACCUUAUCGAACGCCGCCAUCAGACACUGCUUCGCAACGAGUGCAACAAGAUGAGUUUUCUUCUACUAUGGAAGACAUAGAGGAUGCAGGUUGGAUCCGAAAAGUGGUCACGUAUCUGGUCCAGGCUGUCCCCGAGUUCAUCAUUUUGAGCGAGCUACUGCCCAUUUUGACACAUGUCAAAGGCUUCGCUGAGAAGGCUCUUCCUUUUAUCCUCCACUUAGCUCUCUGUGGCCAAAUGGAAAAGCAGCAAAGUGCCAGAAAAUUCCUUUCUGACGCCUUGAAGGAGUGGCUCGCAGUCUCCAGCGAGUCAUCUCAUCACAACCAGAAGCACCUACUCAACGCUCUGCUCUAUCUCCGAACACAACCAUUGCCAAAUGAGUCUUCCAUUGCGGACCGCGCCAGUUGGCUAGAUGUUGACUUCUCUUCCGCCGCCGGUGCUGCAUCAAGGUGUGGGAUGCACAAAACUGCCCUCCUGUUCUUUGAGGUAGCAGCUUCCCAAGUCACCCGAGCAUCACGCAGGUCAUCCACUAUCCGGGAGUCUCAUACACCUAGUGUGUUACUCAGUAUCUUUGAAAACAUUGAUGAUCCCGACGCUUACUACGGCUUGCCGCAGACUUCCAGUCUAUCGAACGUGAUGGCGCGUUUGGAAUACGAAAAUGACGGGUCCAAGAGCCUAGCCUUCCGCGGAGCCCAGUUCGAUAGCCACAUCCAGUCCAAAGAUCCAGCCUCGCAGAACGAUGGCCUGUCAAUGGUCAAGGCUCUGAGUACGCUGGGUUUAUCAGGGCUUUCGCAUGCUCUUUUGCAAACCCAAAGUCUUGUCGAAAACACGAAUUCGCUUGAAAGCACCUUUGGCACCGCCAGAAGGCUGGAAAUCUGGAAUCUGCCAGCACCAAAUUCGAGUGAGAACCAUGCGGUCUCCGUUUACAAAGCAUUUCAAAGCAUCCACCAAGCCAAUGACUCUUCGGCAAUCCGGCAGGCGAUUUACGAUGGGUUUGGACGAACAAUGGCCAGUCUGACCAGUCGCGGCCUGAAUGCCGCCAACUUGAGGCAUCAUCUUGGGGCGCUUGCUGUGUUGGCCGAACUCGAUGACGUGGUCAAUGUCGCGGACUUUGGAGAGCUUGAGGCUCUGCUUGACCGUUUCGAAAACCAUGGCGAAUGGAUGAAGCGAGGGAGGUAUGACGAUGUCAGUCAGCUCCUGUCGUCGCGUGGUACCACGUUGAGCUUGCUGAGCCAACAGCCAAAAUUGCGAGCGGCAGCCAAUCUUUCUAUCAGCCAAGCACGACAGAUCGAAGUCCGCUGCAAGCUCAUAUCAUCUGGCAUCUACCGUUUCCAUCGCGCUACGCAAGAAUCACUCAACAUAUCAACAUCUUUAACAAAUUUGAUAGUGCCGAGCGAACAUUUGGGACUAAAUUUUGAUGCAGCCGCCAAGAUAGAGUCAGCCAACUCACUCUGGGAUCACGGCGAGAUGGUCUCGUCGAUCAGGAUGCUGCAGAGCAUCGACAACGACUCUGUAUUCAAGAAACAGAGUAUCCCGGUCAGUCGUUCUGAUCUAAUGUCCAAAAUAGGCUACCAAAUUUCAGUAGCCAAAUUGGAGAAGCCACAUGACAUCCAGAGGAAGUAUCUUGAGCCUGCCUUGAAGGAGUUGAAGGGACGCACCGACGGCAAGGACGCGGGCAAAGUCUUUCACCAAUUCGCCAUGUUUUGUGAUGAACAACUGCAAAACUCCGAUGGGCUUGAUGAUUUGGCAAGAUUACAGAAUCUGAAGCAGGGCAAAAGCGACGAAGUUGCACAGUUGCGGUCUUUGAUUUCCAGUGAAAAGAACUCGCAAACGAAAUCCAGAUACUCAUCCCACCUUACCAGAGCGCAACAGUGGUUGCAUCUCGACGAGCAGGAGCUUCGCCGGGUAGAGCAGACGAGGAGCGAAUUCGUGCGCCUGAGUCUAGAGAAUUAUCUCCUGUCUCUCAUCGCGUCCGACGAACACAACAACGAUGCACUGCGCUUCACGGCCCUAUGGCUUGAAAGAUCGGACGACGAUUCCACCAACGACGCCGUUCGGAGACACCUCGACAAGGUUCCCACCCGAAAAUUUGCAACCCUCAUGAAUCAGCUUUGCUCUCGUCUGCAGGACCAAUCAAACAUAUUUCAGAGGCUUUUGAUCAACCUCGUCUAUAACAUAUGUAUAGACCACCCAUACCACAGCAUGUAUCAGGUCUGGUCUGGCGUCAAGGUAAAAGCAAACAGCAAAGACGAGGUGGCAGUGCUGCGACACAAGGCAACCAACAAAGUCAAAGAUCAACUAGAGAAACACCCUACGCAGGGCGCAAUCUGGCAUGCCAUUGACAGAACAAACGGGCACUAUCACCGACUGGCGGUUGACCGCGACAACCCAAAGUACAAAGCAGGGCACAAGAUCAACCUCAAGGAGACGACUUCGGGCAACUACCUCGUGGCUGCUCUGAAUAAGUACCAAAUCCCGCCACCGACGAUGCAGCUCGAACUGUCCGCGGACAAGGACUACUCUAAGGCUCCAAUCAUCGCGAGGCUCGAGCCGCAGAUGUCGAUUGCUUCGGGGGUAAGCGCUCCAAAGAUCAUCACCGCAGUUGGCACGGAUGGCGUGCGAUACAAGCAAUUGGUCAAGGGGGGCAACGACGACCUCCGCCAAGAUGCCAUCAUGGAGCAGGUGUUUGCUGCCGUAUCAUCUUUGCUCAAGCUGCAUCGCGAGACCCAGCGGCGCAAUCUGGGCAUUCGCACAUACAAGGUCUUGCCUCUGACAUCGGCUUCAGGCCUCAUCGAGUUCGUCCCGAAUACCAUCCCGCUUCAUGAAUUCCUCAUGCCUGCCCAUGAGCGGUAUUAUCCAAAAGACCUCAAGGGAAGUCAAUGCAGAAAGGAGAUCUCUGCGGUGCAGGGCAAAUCUGUGGACGCGAGGGUCAGUGCCUACCGUAAAGUCAAGGAACGUUUUCAUCCUGUCAUGAAGUACUUCUUUAUGGAAUACUUUGUAGACCCCGACGAGUGGUUCGUCAAGCGAACUGCCUACACGCGAACCACCGCCGCGAUCUCGAUGCUGGGACACAUUCUUGGCCUAGGCGAUCGGCACGGGCACAACAUUCUGCUGGACAAUAAGACAGGCGAGGUGGUUCACAUUGAUCUGGGUGUUGCGUUUGAGAUGGGCCGCGUGCUGCCGGUGCCCGAGCUGGUACCGUUCAGACUGACGAGGGACAUUGAAGAUGGUAUGGGCGUCACCAAAGAGGGUGUGUUCCAGCGUUGUUGCGAGUUCACGCUCGAUGCGCUAAGGGAGGAGACGUACAGUAUCAUGACCAUCCUUGAUGUUCUGCGGUACGAUCCUCUGUACUCCUGGUCUAUAUCACCGGUACGGUUAGCAAAGUUGCAGGGUGGCAGCGGGGAUGGGGAUGACGACGUGGCUGGAAGGGGAAAGACGAGGGUGAACGAGCCUUCGGAGGCAGACAGGGCGCUGGAAGUGGUGCGCAAGAAGCUUUCAAAGACAUUGAGCGUCACAGCGACGGUCAACGAUUUGAUCAACCAGGCCACGGAUGAGCGGAACCUGGCUGUAUUAUACUCAGCUUACUUCAAGUUGUUGCAGGGCCUCCCGGUCCUGUCGAUGCCGUCGAAACCGAACCACCCGGCCGACGGAAAACUGCCAUCGCGGGCCACAGGCUCGGUAAGCUCAGGCCUUCGCACAAGCCCAAGCUCAUCGGGUGCACUGGGCGACGCAAGCAUUAGCAGCCCAUCGCGGCGGCGACCCCGCGUCGACUCUGACGUGCACGCGUCCCUCUCUACACCGCAUCUUGCGCAACAAAACCAAUACCUUCCGUCUUCGGCGUUUUCAGAAAAGCCAAGCCCAAAGCGCUUCAAGUUUGGCGCCGACACCGCUUCCAUGACGACCAUGUCUAACAAGACGAAGGGGAAGCUCCCUGAAGUGAUUGACCUUACACAGCAGAGCGCCUUCCGGCCAUACUCGGGCGCCAAAAAGAUCGUGAUCAAGAACCUCAGGCCACCCACGCAGACCGACAAGACCGAGCAGUAUUAUGAUCGGACACGGCAGCAGCUCAAGGAUGCCCUUCAGUGCAUACUUCGCCACCAGCCUCUCCAACUGCCAAUGGAGAGGCUGUACAGGGGCGCGGAGGAUAUCUGCAGGCAUGAGCAGGGGCAGGAACUAUAUCGGAUGCUACAAGAGCUAUGCGAAGCUCACUUGAAGCAAGCAACCUUGCGAUCCAUCAUCGACAGGUCGCCAGGCCCCUCAAAUAUUGACAUGUUGCGGAGCGUCUUUCUCCACUGGCAGGAUUGGAACAAGGCAGUUAUAGAUAUUCGGUCUAUAUUCAGCUACCUCGACAGGACGUAUCUUCUUCGGGAGAGAACGCUGGGCUCAAUCAACGACUUGACAAUCACGCAGUUCCGGAAGAUGCUCUCGUCUUCGGCCAGCAAGGACGCUACCAACCAGACACCUUUUACUCGAUGUCUCCGCGGGGUGUGCGAGCUGAUCUCUUACGAUCGAGUGAAUGACGCUCGAUUCGACGCUCGAUUACUGAAAGAAUCAGUCCGUAUGUUCAACGUGCUUAACGUCUACCAAAAGUCGUUUGAGCCGGCCUUUCUCCACGACUCGGUCAACUUCUUCCACGAAUUUGCAGAUGAGAGGAGCACAGCAAGUCUGAAGGAGUACAUCCUUGCAUGCGAAAAGCUUUUGAAGGAUGAGGACUACCGAUGUAACGCGUACAACCUUGACAGCACGACCAAGAAGCAACUUCUCGAUGCCGCCCACGGCAUCGUGGUGAAGGACUACUCGGCUAAGCUUCUGGAUGUCGAAAGCUUGUCGAAGCUGCUUGCUGAUCACGAAAUCGAGUCGAUGCGAGCUCUCUACGACCUCCUGCGGUUGUCGGGGAUCCAGGCGAAGCUCAAGGACCCGUGGAAAACCUACAUCCAGGAGGCUGGAGCAGCGAUUGUGGGCAACGUAGAGAGAGGAGACGACAUGGUCAUGAGGUUGCUUGAGCUGAGGCGAGCUCUGGAUUUGGUCGUGCGAGAUGGCUUCAGAGGUGAUGAAGUCUUUGGUUACGAACUGAGGCAUGCCUUCGGCGCUUUCAUGAACGACCGGAAAACGACUUCGGGGUGGAGCACGGGAACUUCCAAGAUUGGAGAGAUGAUCGCGAAACACAUUGACAUGCUCUUGCGAGGCGGUCUCAAGGCUCUUCCCAAGAGUCUGUUGUCUGACAACAAGGAUCGGGCUGCUGCCGAAAAAAGCGGGCAAUCAAGUACGGCUGACGAGGAUGCCGAGCUGGAUCGCCAGCUUGAUGCUGCCCUUGAGCUCUUCAGGUUCAUUGAAGGGAAGGACGCCUUUGAAGCUUUUUACAAGAAAGAUCUGGCCAGGCGGUUGCUCAUGGGCCGAAGUGCGAGCGAAGAUGCCGAGAGAAACAUGCUUCGAAAGCUCCGGGAUGAGUGCGGUGCCAACUUUACGCGUAAUCUUGAGCAGAUGUUCAAAGAUCAGGAGCUCGCCAAGGAGGAGAUGCAGCACUUCAAGCAAUGGUCAGAAGGCACGAAUGCUGAACAACAAGUCGAUCUGCAAGUCAUGGUCAUCUCCGCAGCGUCUUGGCCGACAUAUCCCGACACGAAGCUCAACCUGCCUGAAGGUGCUGCGGCCGAGAUCGAACGAUUCGAGCGGUGGUACAACCACAAGCAUGACGGCAGAAAACUCUCGUGGCCCCAUUCGCUGGCUAACUGUACGGUCAAGGCCAUCUUCCCGAGAGGCACGAAAGAACUCCUGGUCAGUGCGUUCCAGGCCGUUGUGCUUGUGCUGUUCAACGAGGUCGAUCUCGAGGGCUUCCUCAGCUUCGGACAGAUCAGCACAGCUACGGGACUUGCGGGUCCGGAACUCCAGCGGACACUACAAUCGCUCGCCUGUGGCAAGGUCCGAGUUUUGAGCAAACACCCCAAGGGAAGGGAUGUCAGCGAGACUGAUACUUUUACCAUCAACAAAGCUUUCACUGAUCCCAAACUUCGGAUUAAGAUCAAUCAGAUUCAGCUCAAGGAGACGAAGGAGGAGAAUAAAGCGACACAUGAGCGCAUUGCCGAGGACCGUAAAUUCGAGACGCAGGCGGCCAUUGUGCGGGUGAUGAAGGCGCGCAAGACGAUCGGACACAGCGAGCUGGUGGCUGAAGUGAUCAACUUUACUCGCAAGCGUGGUCCCGUUGACGCCGCCUCCAUCAAGAAGCUCAUAGAGACGUUGAUAGACAAGGAUUACAUGGAGCGCGACGGAAACAUGUAUACCUACAUCUCAUGA